ACGUGGCGAUGUGUACACUUGACGUGCUAUUAAUAGUACACCCGAAAGUCUGAUGUACAUAAGUGCGCCGCUCGCCAUCUAACAUGGAGCUCCUCCGGUAUAUACCCGUCUCUGCCAUGAGAUGGUUUCUGUGGAGGCGAGCAACACUUCUUGUUUUAUGUGUUCUGACUGUUGUUGUGUUGGGAAUAUUCCAGACUAAUCUGAAAACCGACCGUGAAAAACUUAAUCGUGAGAUAAACAUUCUGCAUACUGCCAGACUAGACGAAGGAGCUCGUGCUGGAAGGGGCGUGGACGGGGUGUUACAUGCCGAUCUAAGGAGACUCCAAAGCCUUGUUUUAGUGGACGGUAAAAAGUCACGGAUACACAGGAGUAGCUAUUCCGAUGAUCGCCAGCCUUCCUCUGGGAACACAAACCAAACGUUGGAGGAUGGGGAUACCUUCCAAAACCGUUUACGUAAAGUUAAUAACGAGGAACGUCUUAUUAAGGAACCUUACGUUGACAAAAUCGCUGACGAGAAAGAAAGAGGAAAAUCACAUUAUCUCGAUGACGACAUUAACAUAAACAAAACAAGUCACGAAAGGUAUAAUGCUGAGGAGAAAGAGAGCCAAUUGUUGAUGGAUGAACUGUACAAACUUUUGUCAAAACUUGAAAAAGAAGGCAUUGACAAAGUGGAUUUGGAAAAGGAAUUGAUAUCGGACGAUGGUGAGAAAGAAGAUGAGCAGAAUCCGUUCGAUCCGUUGCACUAUCCUCAAAGAAUAAACGUUGAAAAAAUUGUGAAAACAUUUGUCAAAAAUGGCGACCUACCUAGCAACCCAAUCAAUGAGUGGAAGUACACACCGAUUAUCGACCCUUCGAGUAAAUGUGAAAAUAGUAAAAAUGGUGUAUUUUUGCUGUUCAUUGUGAAGACGAAACCCGAUAACUUCUUGAAAAGAAAGACCAUACGUAAAACAUGGGCCGACGAGAAAAGAUUUCCGAACAUACGUACCGUGUUUUCUAUCGGAAUACCUCGGGAUUCUAGCACGAUUAAAAAAAUAAAACUAGAAUCCUUGAAAUACAAGGAUGUCCUCUUGAUGGAUUAUAUGGACACGUACCAUAAUUUGACUCUCAAGACAACCAGUGGCAUCAACUGGGCGGUGGCACGCUGUGCCGUGGCCGAGUUCGUAGUGUCUGUUGAUGACGAUAUGUAUGUGGCAACAGACUUCCUCUUACAACACCUGAAGGACAUGCCACAGGCGGAGGCUGAACGACUGUAUCAUGGACAUCUGUACCAUGAUACAUCACCAGUCCGGCAUGGGGAGAAGGACGAGUGGCAUAGUAAAUGGAUUGUGACGAAGGAGGAGUACCCGUUUGAUACCUACCCAGAUUACAUAUUCGGGGGAUUUAUUAUCAUGUCUAUGAGAACUGUACUGGAAAUGAGUUUGGCCAUUCCCUACACAAAACCGAUCAACAUGGAGGAUGUUUACCUCGGUAUAGUGGCCAGUCGACUUGGUAUUGUGGCGACCAACACUGAUCUUGUAGAUUUUUAUAUCACGUACUCAAAUACGGAGAAGUUUAAAACUCUCAUCGCCUCUCAUUACUAUACAAGUACCCAAAUGCUGAAGAAGGCGUGGGAGUGCCAUUUAUCCAUAGUGGGAAACGACGUGGAGAAAUCAGUAUUUUGCAGUUACUUAAAGAAAGAGUUAGAACAGUUAAAAAAGAAAGUAAACGAAAUAUUGGAUUGGAUAGAUUUGUCAAAUAAUGCCCUCUAGAGGUUAAGAAUGGUCAACCUUUUGCCGAGACUUCCUUAUUUAUAAACGUUUACAGGAGAGAAAUCUCUAGAGACACUGAUUGAGUAGUUAUCUAAAUCUGUUUCGUGCCACUGGACGAUAUAGGAGAGAAAGUUUUCUAAUGCCACUGAUUAACAUGUAGGAGUAAGCUUUCUAGUGACACUGGUCGACAUGUGGGAGUAAGCUUUCUUGUGACACCUGUCGACGUGGAAGUAAGCUUUCUUGUGACACUGCUCGACCUGUGGAGUAAGCUUUCUAGUGACACUGAUCGACUUGUGGAGUAAGCUUUCUAGUGACACUGAUCGACCUGUGAAGUAAGUUUUCUUGUGAGACUGAUCAACCUGUAGGGUAAGCUUUCUAGUAACAAUGAUCGAUAUGUAGGAGUGAGUAAGCUUUCUAGUGACACUGAAAGACGUAUAGAUGAGAUAUCUGUUGAUGAUCUUUAUUUCAAGUGAGCUCUUGACGUGUGAAAUGGAGCUAGCUAGUAACGCUGAUUGAAUAUAUAUGAGUGAGCUUUCUACUAACAAUGACAGGUUAUAUAUGGGUUAGCUCUCUAGUAACACUGAUUGGGUUUAAAGGAGUGAGCUCCCUAGUAACACUGAUUGGAUUAUAGCAGUAAGCUCUCUAGUAACAUUGAUUGGAUAUGUAGGAAUGAGCUCUCUAGUAACACUGAUUCGAUAGUUAGGAGACAGCUCUCUAAUAACCCUGAUUCGAUAUAAUAACUGAGCUCUCUUGUAGCAUUGCUCGGAUAUGAAUAGGAGUGAGAUAUCAAGUAACACUGAUUAAAUGUAUAGGAGUAACCUUUCGAGUGAAACAAAUUGACAUGUAAGAAUGAGAUCUAGUUCCUCUGAUCGGUUUACUAGAAAACAGCACCCCAGAUACACUGAUGGACAUUUAAGAGUUAGCUCUUUAUGGCCUGAUAUUUUUAUAGAAGAAAACUAUCUGGUUACGGUGUUUGAUAUCUAGUUGUUCUCUAGUGACCAUGAUCGCCUACAGGAGAGAACUCUCUAGUGACAAUAAUCAGCGUGUAGGACACAGUUAUCUAGUAACACAGAACCAUGAUAGACAUGUGAGUUCUGGAGACACUGAUAAACAUGUAGAAGUGAGCUCUACAGACAUAUAUAGACAUGUAGAAAUGAACUCUACAGACACAGAUAUACAUGUAGAAGUGAGCUCUACAGACACCGAUAGACAUGUAGAGUGAGCUCUACAGACACAGAUAAACAUGUAGAAGUGAGCUCUACAGACACAGAUAGACAUGUAGAGGUGAGCUCUACAGACACAAAUAGACAUGUAGAAGUGAGCUCUACAGACACAAAUAGACAUGUAGAAGUGAACUCUACAGACACAGAUAGACAUGUAGAAGUGAGCUCAACAGACACAUAUAGACAUGUAGAAGUGAACUCUACA